GUCCCGAAGUGUGAGAGUGAAUCUGCAAACUUGGACAGCACGGACACUAGCAGAGAGGAAAGAGGAUGGCGCCUAAGAGAAGGGCAACAUCAAGCACCAAAGUUGGAGGGAAGAAGGUUAAGGAGGAGCCUGAAGCUGUCCCGAAGGACAAGUUCACCUCUGCCAAAGAGGCUCUGAAGGCAACAGGUCCACAGGUGAAGGGCACGAGGAACCCAGACAUCUUCUGUCGUCUAUCAAAUGCUGAGGUUCACGAAGAUUACGACUGUAUGUUGAACCAAACCAACAUUGGAAACAACAAUAACAAAUUCUAUGUAAUCCAAAUAGCGUCUGGAGGAGAGUACUAUUGUUGGACAAGAUGGGGUAGAGUGGGAGAGUCAGGCCGAAUCAAUUUAGCCGGUCCAUCUACCGCUGAUGUAGCCAUUAAGAGUUUUGAAAAGAAAUUCGAAGAGAAGACAAAAAAUAAUUGGAGCGAUCGAGAAAACUUUGUCUCGCAUUCUGGGAAGUACACAUUGAUAGAGGUAGACGGCGACCAGGAUGCAGAAGUGAAGGUGGACACUGUAGAUGGUGGAGAUGUCAAGGUGAAAAGUGAACAAGUUCUGCCUUGUACAUUGGAUGAUGCAACUCCAAGACUCAUUCGAUUCAUCUUCGACAACGACAUGUUCAAAGAAGCCAUGACCAGCAUGAACCUGGAUAUUAAGAAGAUGCCCUUGGGGAAACUCAGCAAGCAACAGAUAGCCAAAGGUUUUGAGGCUUUGGAGGAGAUUGAAGCUGCAAUAAAGAAGGGGGAACGGAACAAGUUAGAAGAACUCACCAACAAAUUCUUCACCAUAAUUCCUCAUAACUUUGGCCGAAACAGACCCCCAGUCAUCUCUGAUGAUUCUGUCCUUCAGGGCAAAAAAGAGAUGCUUUUGGUUCUUGCAGACAUCGAGGUUGCCCAGAGUCUUAAAGCUGAAUCCGAGAAAGCCAAAGAAGAGAUGAAGGACAUGGUGCCUCAUCCAGUUGACCAAAAUUACCAGUCUCUAAAAUGCAAGCUAAGCUUAAUGGAUAAGAAGUCAAAGGAAUUUAAGAUUAUUGAGAAGUACUUGAAUGCCACUGGAAGAAAAGGACUCACUUUGGUGGAUGUCUGGGAAGUUGAGAGAGAUACAGAGGCUGAGCGUUUCAGGGAAAAUUAUGCAUUGGAGAACCGGAAGCUGCUUUGGCAUGGAACAAAUGUGGCAGUGGUCGCAGCUAUUCUGAAGAGCGGCCUUCGCAUUAUGCCCCAUUCUGGUGGACGUGUGGGCAGGGGAAUCUAUUUUGCCUCUGAAAACAUCAAAUCUGCUGGCUAUGUGCAUCCAUCCAACAACACUGGCAUCAUGUUUCUAAAUGAAGUUGCUUUGGGAAAAGAGUACACCAUCACACAGGAUUAUCCCAGCCUAAGGAAGGCUCCCGCUGGCUAUGACAGCGUAGUUGCACGCGAAAGCCAUGAACCAGAUCCUUCAAAAGAUGUCUUCAUUGAGUUUGAUGGUAAAAAGGUGGCAGUUCCUCAGGGAAAAGCUAUAAAACAACAGCAGUACCAGGGAAGUUCCUUCUUCAACAGUGAGUACCUCGUCUAUGAGGAAAGGCAGUGUCGCAUUCGAUACCUCCUGGAAUUGAAGUUCGGUUACUAGAGCUGAUUUGAAAACCUGGAACUAUACAGUUAUACAUAUAUGGCCACUUAUAAAUGUCACUUCUGUUACGUGGUUUCACCCUUAUAAAGCAUUGAAUAUUUAGUUAUAAUCAUUGUUAUUUAAUAAUAAUAUUGUUAUUAUUAACAACACUAUUGUUAUUUUGUUAAGUUGAAUGCUAAAUUGUGAUUUUUGUGUUGUAGUAAUACAGUUCAGCAAUGUU